GCGGACUUUCUACCAGCUACGCCGAAAAAGUUGUGAGGAAUAUUUUUUCCUCGGAACUUUAGUCGUGUGUUCUUAAUUCUUCGGAUUGUUUAGAAGUCAGUACAAUAUGGCGGCCUUUGUGGAUAGUAAAUAUGUGAUUUUAAAAUUAAAAGACUUUCGAUUAACGUUUCGGAGGUUCCGCUAUAAAAAGAAAUGGGCAACCACUUCUCAAAAGGUUAAUGCCGUUCUUCUUGCCCUGCAGAAUUUUGAUAUGAAUUAUGGCAUGCAAUUUGGGCAACUGUGGCCUUCAGUUCGUGUGAGUUUGCUCUCUGAGCAAAAAUAUGGUGCUCUUGUCAACAAUUAUGCAGAUACUGAGAAUAUAAUUAAAAGCUUUGAAGCUUUAUCUGCCAAAGAUUUUGUCUAUGAAUCUCGGAGUGAAGUGCCCAGCAUCAGUUCUGACAUCCCCAGAGAUUUACAGGAAACGAGAGUGCACUCUGCAUUAGGAUCACAGCAGCAUGAAUAUUUAUGCCAAGACAUAUUACUGGACACAAGUGGCCCGACUGGGACUCUGGAAGCCUCUGUUAAAGAAAGAUUACCCCAUUUUUCCAUCAACACAAAUAUCAAAUGUUUUACAUUCCCUAGAGGAGAUAUUACACGAUUUCAUCCUGCCAGGCCAGAUAGUUCGGGACUUCUGAGAUACUACCUGAUGGAUGCAUCUUCAAUCCUGCCUGUCCUGGCCCUUAAUGUUCAGCCAGGUCAUGUGGUACUUGAUCUUUGUGCUGCACCUGGUGGAAAGACACUUGCUCUUCUUCAGACAGAGUGCUGCAGACAUCUUUCGAUCAAUGACAUUUCUGAAUCUCGACUCAGCAGGUUACGUGGAGUUCUACACAGCUACAUUCCCAGAGAACUUUUGAAAGAAGACCGUGUUUGCAUCACUAACAUUGAUGGGAGAAUGUGGGGGGAAGUUAACAGGGACAACUUUGACAGGGUUUUGGUUGAUGUCCCUUGCACUACCGAUCGCCAUUCUGUAACUGAAGAAGACAACAAUAUCUUUAAACGUACCAGAAUCAAAGAAAGGCAGAUGCUACCAUUGCUACAGACCCAACUCUUAGUUUCUGCUGUUCUUGCUGUCAGACCAGGUGGUGAAGUGGUUUAUUCUACAUGUUCCCUUUCCCAGCUGCAAAAUGAAUGUGUGGUAGAACAUGCAGCAGAGAUUCUGGCAACGGAUUAUGGAAUCGAGAUCCAAUUAGAAGAUUUGAGCUUCUUUAGGAGCCUCUUUCAGAAGAUAUUUCAAUUUUAUAAUGACUGUAGACUGGGUGAACUCAUCUUACCUCAUCUUACAGCUAACUUUGGGCCAACUUACUUUUGUAAAUUGAGCAGAAGAAAGUAAUAAAGAUUACCUAUGAUCAGU